AUGUCUGAAACCAAAGAAUCAACGACGAAUACAAAUCCGGUACCGAGCGUUUCUGCAGCCGACGAUGCUCUAGAUUUUCUAAAGCGACAAUGCGAUACCGAGGGCUCGCCACGGGGUCUGGCUGAUAUUCGCCACAAGGUUGAUCGGCGGAUCCUGCCGUUCAUGUUUUGCUGCUACUUUUUACAAUUCAUCGAUAAGGUUAUGUACGACUACGCGGGUGUGAUGGGCAUGAAAGCCGAUCUUAAGCUAAAAGGAAACGACUUUAGCAAUGGAGCAAGCGCAUUCUUCAUUGCGUACUUGGUUGCGGAAGUCCCAAAUGUGUAUUUUCUUCAAAAGGUUCCUCCGGCGAAAUGGCUAGGGGCCAAUGUUAUCUGCUGGGGUAUUGCUGCCGCUGCAGCUGCCGGGGCCAAGGAUUACACCACACUUCUCGUGGCAAGAAUAUUUUUGGGUAUAUUCGAGGCCACAGUUGGGCCAUCUUUGAUGCUGAUCAGUAGUCAAUACUACACAAAGUCCGAGCAAGCACCCAGAUUUACCUUUUGGUUCUUAGGUCUUGGAGUAGCGCAGAUCAUUGGCGGGGUGAUCUCGUUCGGUUUCCAGCAUGUCCACAACGGAUUUGCCGGUUGGAGGAUCAUGUUUCUGGUCUUGGGAUUGAUCACGGUGGUUGUUGGCUUGGGCACGUUUUUCUAUCUCCCCGAUACUCCUAUGCAAGCGAAGUGGUUAUCCGAUGACGAGAAAGUGGCACUCCUGCAACAUACACGAGUGAAUCAAACCGGUAUCCGCAACAGCAAAUUCAACUGGAGACAAAUUCUGGAAGCAGUCACGGACGUUCAAGUGUGGUUAUUCUGCUUGAUGCUUGCUCUGCAAGCGGUAUCCAGUGGGGUCGUGAUAGCAUAUUCCUCAACCCUUAUAGCUGGCUUUGGCUUCGGAGGUCCAGUAUCUGCCCUUCUCAACGCUCCAUCAGGAAUUGUCAGCAUCGCUUUUACGCUCCUCGUCGGUAUCGGUAUUCGCAAGGCCUCAAAUCGAUGGGCUUGGGUAUUCAUCUGCAGUGUCCCUGGGAUCAUUGGUGGCGGACUAAUGUCCUUCCUUCCAAAGAGCAACCGUGCCGGCGUUCUAGCCGGGAUUUACUUGGUCAACGCAAUUGUAGCACCGACGCCGGUUAUCUACCACUGGGUAGCAGCUAAUUGCGCAGGAUACACCAAGCGCGCAUUCGCAAGUGCGGCGGUUGCCGGAUUUUUCUGUGUCGGUAACAUUAUCGGGCCACAAACCUUCCAGGCUCGAGAUGCUCCAGAGUAUCGACCAGCUAAGAUAUCAGUCCUUGCAACUCAGGCAGCUGCGGCAGUCUUGGCUGUUGUUCUCUUUGCUUAUUACGUCAAUGAGAACAGGCGCAGAGAUCGUCUUCAAAGCGCCAGUGGAAGUGAGGACCAAAUUAGCGACGAGGCAGCUUGGGGAGGGCUUACGGAUAAAGAGAACAAAAGCUUCCGAUAUGUAUAUUGA